GUUUGAUAUAAAUUGAUAUAAUGAACUGCCUCACUCACGUACAACCUUGAUAGAUUAUAGGGAAAGAGAAUCCUUUACGACAAGCAGUAGCUCUUCCUCAACAGAUGAUGCUUACUUUGAGAAACCAAUACGAAGCAACCUUUCAGAAGAUUCCAUGAUAAUGACUCCACCUACACCCAGUUUCCAAAAGGAACAGGAGGAAUCAUCAACUCCUGUUGAUCCCUUAAAUAACAAAACUUUAUCACAUAAACAUAGUCAUGUCUCAAUAUCGGACAUGAACGAUAUACCACUAGAAGAUAACCACGAAGAAUAUAAUCCACUUAAAAUGAUCACUACUGCACUCGUCAAUGGCGAUAGACCAGAGAUACCAGCAAGCACACCUUUGCCUACACCCCUACCUGCGAGAAAAAGCGUUGAUAACGAAUCAACUACAUCCACAACACGAUCCAUCUUCACCUCAUUUUGGUCUCCAUUUCGAUCGUCAUCAUCUACUACUUCAACACCUGCAUCAUCCAGACGGCCCUCUAAACAGCACUCUGCCCCUUUACCAGCAUCAAGUAGACCAUCUGCUCAAUUUGCUGCUCGGCAUCAAAGGCUCUCAAGAGCGACCAGUGUGAUUUCGCCACUACCAGGAUUUCAAGAAGCUCUAUUGGCUCAGAUGGAACAGCUUAAUUUGGAGAAUCACAAUGAUCCAAAAUUAAAAGUGAUGAAGAGCUUGAAACGACAGUCGAUCAGACACAGUCUGAUUGCUCAAAAUAAAGGACAGGAUGACUAUGACUGGGGUAACAUUUCUUAUGAAUACUAUAUUACAAUGGGUUGACGCAUCAUCAAUAGAUUUCUGGGCAGGAUUGAUGUGUGAUUACGAUAAUAUAAACAAAAUCAGUAAAGAAUUGAUUCAACAUGUUCGACAUGGCAUUCCACCUUCCAUACGUGGAAUGGUGUGGCAACUCAUAUCAAGGGCAAAAAAUGAAGAACUUGUUGAAAUGUACAUCAAUUUACUAAAGUUACAAAGCCCAUAUGACAAGAUGAUCCAGCGCGAUCUCGCAAGGACAUUUCCUGGUCACACUUACUUUAAAGAAAGUGAUGGACAAGGUCAGGAAGGCCUUUAUAACGUUGUGAGAGCCUACAGCUUGUAUGAUCGAGAUGUGGGUUACUGCCAAGGCUUGGCCUUUAUCGUAGGGCCCAUGUUAUUGAAUGUAA